GAAAAUAGAAAAAAAAUGAUAAAUUAAAAAAAAGGAUGGUUUGUGGGAUGGGGGUAAGAGAAGGUAGAGAAAUCAAGAAAAGCCAUUUCAGCCGGAGAAAAAUCAAAACCCUCUCUUUCUUCUUCUUUCUUUUAUUCUUUUCCAUUUCCUUUGUUUGGGUUUUUGAUCGCUGAUUCAACCUUAUUGUGUUUUAAAUUUCAUAAAUAGAUUCGUUUUGAGUGGGUUGAUUUGCUUAGUUUACUUCUUUUUUGUUUGUAAUCUUUUCAUCAACCCCUUUGUUUUGUUUCAAUAAUUGUUGCUAUUCUUUCAAUCUUUGGAGUUUUACAUCUGAUUUUGCAUAAACUUUUUGAGGAAUCUGGGUGAAUCUAAAGUUUAAUUUGUUUUCCGAUGAGGAGAGGGAGAGUUGCCGCCGCUGCCGCCGCCGUGGAUACGAAACCGGCACUGGAACCUAACGGAUCUAUAAAAGAACCUAGAUACAGAGGGGUUAGAAAGAGACCAUGGGGAAGAUUCGCAGCCGAGAUCAGAGACCCAUGGAAAAAGACCAGGGUUUGGCUCGGGACCUUUGACUCCGCCGAAGAAGCGGCUGGAGCCUACGACGCAGCGGCAAGGUCAUUCCGUGGAUCCAAAGCGAAAACAAAUUUUCCCAUCGAUUCCUCGAACAUCGCUGCUUUUCCUUUCGAAACACGUCAUCACAACAAGGAAGGCUUCGUCGACCGCCGCCGCAUAUAUCCGAUGGGCGGCGAUUUUCAAGACCCGGAAGUGAAUCCGCAAAGACCCACGAGGAGUGGCAUGAGUAGCACGGUGGAGUCGUUUAGUGGGCCGAGACCAGCCCAACUGCCGCAAAAAUCGGCGGAUUAUGCGGUGGUUUCGACAAGGAAGUAUCAUCCGAGGACGCCACCGGUGGUGCCGGAGGAUUGUCAUAGUGACUGUGAUUCGUCGUCAUCGGUUGUUGAUGAUGGGGAUAUCGCGUCGUCUUCGUGUCGGAAAACGUUGCCGUUUGAUCUCAAUUUUCCACCGUUGGAUGAUGCUGAUGAUCUUCAAUGCACCGCUUUAUGCCUUUGAUCACGGUGAUGAUGGUAAUGAAUGAUGAUGAUGAUGAUGAUGAUGAUCAAUUAUUGAAUCGUUUCCUUUCAUUUUUCAAAAUUUUUUUGCUUUUUUCAAGCAGUAGAAGAAAAAAAAAGCAAAAAAAAAAAAAAAAGAACAUGAGUCCUGAUUAAGAUGAAAUGGUCUUAAUCCCUACCCUUUGAUUUUCAUCAAAUGAUGAUAUGUUAUGAUGAUGAUGUUUUAGGGUUUGUGAUGUUAUAUCUCAGAUCUUUCUUUUGUAUAAAAUUUUCUCUAAUUCAAUCCCUCAAAAA